AUGUCUACUGAAGUUUGCCAAAGUGCAAUCGCUGUUGAAGAUUUCAACCCCACGGGCAACAUCGUCGAACCUCCGCCUGGAGAGGUUCUGGUUUAUAAACGAGGAGACACUCUUCUUGUAACCAAGCAAGUACCUGGCUGGGUCUAUGGAGCGAAAGGAUCCACUGCAGGGUGGAUCCCCAUAUCUUCAGUUCAUAUUUUCCCCCAAAGGGGCGUUUCCCGACCAGAGUCUCCGGUUGAUACAAACUCGUCCCUGGACUUUAGCACACUUUCCUUGAGCAGUCGCAAGCUAUCAGAGCAUUCAACGUCCACUGCGGACGCAGUUGAACCUGCGGAAAUGCAGCCCGAGCUCGCUGACGAAGUCCACACUUACACAGUGGUUGAGACAGCACAACACUCGGCCAUUUGGGUCCCGUAUUGUCAUCAAGGUAGUGUUGUCUAUCUGGAUACAAAAUCGAAAGUGAUGUCUCGCUUUUUGCCCCUCAUCACUCUUGAUGACUCUGAACCUGAGCCAAUUAUCCCCCUACCUGCUGAGAUUAAGGAUAAUUUUUCUGAUGUUUUGGAGUCCAAAAUACAGAGCAUCAGUGCUGUUUCUAAAACUCAGCCAUGUCUUUACAAAAACAACGACUUUUAUCGCGUUCUCCGUCAGAUAAGCCGUCCUACUGGAACGCCUUUGAAGUCACUUUGGACUCGAAUUUCUAAUGCUUCACCUACUGUUAUGUACCCUACUUGGCCAGAGUUAAUGGACGGGUUUAUGAUAGCCGUUGAAGCCGCUCGUCGUGUCCAGGACUUGAUUCCCUCCACCAAAGAAGAAAAGGCUACAGCGCUUGAAGCAGUGCAACAUAUUACUGCACACAUUAAGGCGAUCUGCUGCGCUGCACAUGUUCCACCAGGUACAAAUCCUUGCUUGGGCCUGGGUGCGAUUGCUGCAGCUUACCGUCUCAUGAUCCAUUCUGUUUAUGAGGUACACGUGAACAAUGUGCGAGGUCUGAAAUUGGGGUCGCUGGACGAUCUUUCUCAUUCAACAAUUGACUUUGUGACAUUGUUCCAUCUUACUAGCGGCUACCCAGCUGUAGAAGUUUUACCCCUACCACCUAUUGUUCAAGUAUCUGUGCUGGAAACAGAAUGGACUGACUAUCUUUUUGACGUGGACCCCAUAACUGCUGAGAUUUCCCUGUCUUCUGCUGUGGAUAAGCUAUUGAGUGUUAAGCAAGCAAUGCCUCUAGAAGCCUCUGUCAGCCAAGACGGUAUCUGUGCCACAAUUCUUCACGACAUCGAAGACAAACGAGAUCACCUUGAGGAAUCGGUGAAUAGCUGCAUCUCAUUGUGGAAUGAGAUCUGCGAGGAAGGAUUGAAACAACGGAACGGACUCCAAGAAAGCAGUGUCUCACUCUUUUCGUCUUUGCACGCAGUUAUGUCAAUCUACAAGAGCAUCGUCCAUUUGAUCGACUGCAGUGAGCUUUGCCAGUUUAUUGAUUGUGCUCGACCUCGUCUUGGCGAUCUCAGUCUGCUCAUUAGAGUACGAAAAGAGGUUUACCGUUCUCUUCUUACUAUAGAAAACUCGUGGGCCAAGCCACAACGUUCUUUGUGUGUUACCGAUGAGUACUCCAGCGCCCUUCGCUUGGUACCACUCUUGUUCAAGACAAUUGACAACUUCCCCAAAAUGCUUCAGGGUGUGCUUCCCUCUGUUCAGCUAGAGCGCUGGAAAGUCGUUCCCGAGAGACAAGCGGAGUGCAUUUACGAUUCUCAGGGGCAUUUGCGUGGUGCUACCAAAGAAAAACUGGUGGAGCACUUGACUCAGCAUAUUCAGCCGCGUCCUAAUGAAGUUUCUGCCUUUUUGAUGACGUUCCCUGCCUUUAUGAAGCACUUGGAACUUGUUGACCUGCUUCAAGAUCGCUUCUCGGUGCAACCGGAUGCAGGGUUGUCCCGGACCGAGUUCCGCGACUGGGAGGUGCAUGUCCAACGUCCAACUCGUCUGAGAGUAGUAAAUAUGCUCCGGAUGUGGAUUGAGUCGUACUGGUCGCAUCCGGACACUGAGGAGGAAGAACAACAGCUCUUCCACCGACUCGAGAUGCUUUUGCGAGUUCUCGAAGUUCAGGAGUUUCCCGGAAGCCAACGCUUGCACGAACUACUUAUGCGCCGGAGGUCGUCUGGAGCGUCUUCGAUCGUUCGCAAGUCGUCUUCAACCCAGCCGGUGCUCGAUCCCAUCUUGCCAAGUUUCUCGAUUGACGAGCUGGUCACUCCCACGCAGCUUUCUCCAACAGAGCUCGCUCGUCAAAUGACUCUUGUCGAAUGGGUCUAUUUCGCUGAUAUCACACCCGAGGACUGUCUGAAUCGUGCCCUGGAACGGCCCGCCCGCAACACCGCGAUCACUGACUUUGUCACCCAUUGGAACAAGGCAACUUGCUGGGUCUCUCAAAAAGUUUUGGAGGGAGAUACCCCAGACAAGCGUGCUCUGCGGAUUGCUUACUUUGUUGAAACAGCUUCCUUUUGCCGCAGCAUUAAGAACUUCAGCACAAUGAUGUCCAUAUUGUCGGCUCUAUCCAGCGCGGGAAUUCAUCGUCUCCACAAGACCUGGGCACUUGUGUCCAAGCAAACUAAGGAGAGCCUGGAAGAAAUGAACCGACUUAUGAACUCCAGCCGCAAUUUCCAGGAGUAUCGAGACCUGCUCUCGCUUGUAUCCGAAGCAGCCGUCCCGUUCUUUGGCGUCUGUCUUAUGGAUCUUCGAUUCGCCCAGGACGGCAACUCGGACCAUAUCCAUGGUGACGACAAGUUGAUCAAUUUUGCCAAAUGGUCCAUGGUGGCUGGCAUUAUCGAAUCAACUCUUAGGUUUCAACGUAUGUCUUAUCGUCUGGCCCCUCUACACAAGGUUACUGAGCUGCUGCACGAGGCUUUUGACCAAGCUCCCAGCCUCAACGACCAGUAUCCGGUUUCUCUAGAGAGGGAAGUCCGCUUAAAUGGAAAGCGACCUCAACUUAUUUCUCGCAUCAGCAGUCGCGGUUAA